AUGGCUUCCUCCAAUUACUCUUCCGACAGCAUAAAACCCUCUGGUACUACUAGCUCUGGUAUUACUCUUCCUCCUCCAUCUUCUUUUUCUUCUUAUUCCUCUUCAUCAUCAUCUUCUCCUCUUUCAUCAUCACCAUCACCACCGUCUUCAUCACCAUCUUCUUCUUCUUCUCCUGCUCCUUUGGGGCCAAAAGCGUCUUCCCCUUUCAAGGUUUUGAUUGUGGGCGCAGGCGUUGGGGGAUUAAUGCUGGCCCUCUGUCUAGAACGAGCAGGAAUCGAUUAUGUAGUCCUUGAAAGGAUGUCACAACUUCCACUACCCAAAUCAUCGAUUCAACUAUCUUCCAACACGUUAAGAGCUAUUGAGCAAUUAGGUUUGCUUGAUGAUAUCUUGAAGAUUUCAAAGCCUGUCUCAGCAGUCAAAUUGCGAAAACAUAAUUUGUCUGUUGUUGGAAAGAUCGAUUUUACCUAUGUCAAAGAAAGAUAUGGUCACUACUCAAUUCUUAUCCUAAGAACAGAGUUUUGUCAAGUCCUUCUAUCACAACUGCCACCAGAAAAGGUUCAUUGGAACCGUUACGUUUUAGAGAUUGUGAAUGGUAACACAGGGGUGCAAUGCCGAUGUGCCAACGGCACGGUCGAGCAGGCCGACAUUUUAGUUGGAGCAGAUGGGUCUUAUUCAGCCGUCCGACAAAACUUGUACAGAACCUUGCGGGAAAAGAAUCUGUUACCUAAAUCGGAUAUGGAGCCUCUCAAAUAUACUGCCAACACUCUUAUCGGAAUUACUAACCCACUGGAUCUGGAAAAAUAUCCUGCUGCAGGGGCGCGGUUCAGUGAAGUCAACAUUGUGGCUGGCAAGGAUUCUCCUUAUACAUUAUGGGUUUCUCCUACGCCCGGAAACAGGGUUGCUUGGUCCGUUGGUGGAGACUUGUUGACACCAGAAGGAAGUGCUAAUGCUAACUUUAAACAGUCGGAAUUUGGGCCGGAAGCUGUUGAUGCCGCGUGUGCGCUGGUCCAGGAUUUGGAACUUCCUUGGGGUGGAACAUUGGCUGAUAUGAUCGAGCACACCAGAAGAGAUUUUAUUACAAAGGUCAUGGUUGAAGAGAAACAUUACAAGACGUGGCAUCAUGGACGCUCAGUGCUCAUUGGUGAAGCAUGCCACAAGUUUAUACCUUACUCUGGACAAGGCGCAGAGCAAGCAAUUCUGGAUGUGAUCUCCUUGGUCAACCUUCUCUACAAGAUCAAUGAUAAUCCUUGUCAUAACGACUUUUGUAAUGCAUUUGAAGCGUAUUACCAGGAGCGCAGUCCUAAUGCCAAGAAUGCGGUUGAGGUCUCCCAUUUCAUGUCUCAUCUGAUGAAUACUCAGGGGUUUUCUGCUGAUGUAAAACGGAAGGUUCUGUUCAACCUCCCAGAAUGGGUCAAAAAUUCAGCACUUGACAAGAUUCAAGUUCGACCCUUGUUAGAUUUCUUACCGGCGGUGGAGAAUCGUGGACUGAAAAAGGCUACGAGAUAA